AUGCCUUCCAUUUCUUUCCUGGCGCUGGCCCUGGGCCUUUUUGCGCAGAAAACCUUGGGUGGCGUGACGGUCCGCAAGACGGGCACUGCACCUACCGGCUACGAAGUGGACUUCACCCUGGUCAACGAGACGGCCUCGCAUGUCAUCGUGGCCGGUGGCCUCUUCCCCUUCACAGACCAAUGGCACACUGGCUGGCAGUAUUCAGGCGGAUGGAGCCCCAAGGAAUACCAGCGUGGCGACUUCAUCCUACCGCAAACCGCUGGUGGUCUUGAGGAUGCCGACUGGCCAUAUGUCAUGGAGAGCGACGGCCAAGGUAGCUGGCACCUGACGGUCCCGAUGCCGUCUGGUACGUACAACUACGCAUUCUUGGUGGACUGCGAAGUCCCAUCGAACUGCACUUUCGGAAGCGGAAAGUGGGUGAUUGACCCCGAGAACCCGCCUUUCGUCAACGUCCCAGGCGACCAAACCGCCUCGUCCUUCCAGGUGCCCUUUGACGCCGAGUUCCAGGGUACCCCUUCCGGGGGUUCGGAUCUGGACUUUGACUACGCCCUCCCGCGCGCUGAGGCCAGCGAGCAUGGCACCGUGGCGACGGUCAACUACACAUCCCCGGGCUCCGUCUGGCCCGCGCCCGAUGUACACGACUGUACAGUCUACACGCCGCCGGGAUACGAUAGCAACUCUGACCGCGAAUACCCCAUCAUGUACCUAUCCCACGGCGCCGGCGGCAACGGUGACGACUGGCAGAACCUGGCGCGCAUGAGCAACAUCAUGGACAACCUGAUCGCCGACGGAUUCAUCGAGCCCACCGUGGUCGUCACGCCCAGCUUCUACAACAUCGCGCCCGAGUACAAUUUCACGUACGGCCUGGCAGCGCGCGCCCCCGAUGCCCCUGUCGUGCGCGAGAACUACUUUGCCCACCUCUUCCCCUUCAUCGAGGCCAACUACCGCGUCUCCAAGUCCCCUUCGCGCCGCGCCUUUGCGGGCCUCAGCCUCGGCGGUCGACUCACGUACGAAAUGUACAUCAACGCCACUGACUACUUUGACUACUUUGGCAUCUUCUCGGGCGCGCAGGGGAUGGUCGACGCGUCGCACCUGGCUCCCCGGGCGGCAGAGUUGAGGCGCAAGGGCGUCUUCAACUCUUACGGACUCUACGACUUUACCUUUGACAUGGACAGGUCCCUCGAGGUCGCCAUGAACGCGAACCGGAUCCGCUACGUCAGCCGCAUCCAGCCGUGGGGUGGCCACUACUGGCCGACCUGGUUGGACUGCCUGUAUCACUUUGGGCGUAGGGCGCUGUGGAAGCCGCUGCCUUUUGAUGCACGCACUGGAAGGAGUGUGAAGGAUUAG